GGAAUGACCGCUCCAGUUCUGAUGAUGACGUACCUCUCUCAGAGCUCCUGACAAGGCCACGCAGCGAGGAAAAACAGUCACCUGAUAACAAGCAAAGCUUCCCCUCUGGCACUAAAUCAAAAAAGGACAGAAGUGCCUCGGAUGACUCCUCAGACGACGAGCCUUUGAUAAAGAUGAAAACAAUCUCUGCGUCAGCUAAGAAACCAGUGAAGAAAGACAACACGUCAACCAGAUCUAAUGGCACAAAUAGUAAGAAAGCAGACGACAGCUCUGACAAUGAGCCUCUCAUAAAGAUUGCCAAAACUGCGAAGAAGCCUUCAGUGUCUCCAAAAAAAUCUGUCAAUACAAAGAAGAAAGAGUCGCUGGAUGACAGUGAUAGCUCGGAUAAUGAGCCUCUGAGUGAAUCUGCCAAGAAAGUCCACCCUAAACGUCAGACAAAGGCAUCUGUCAUGCCAUCUAGAAAAGAAACCCCAGUUAUGAAAUCCAAAAGGAACGCAGCAAGGAAAAUGGUUAAAUAUGCAGAGUCUUCCAGUGACAGCUCAGACUAUGAACCAGUGGCCACAAUGAAGAGGAAGCAGACAAAGGCUCCUAAAGAGCAAAAGACUUCUGCAAAGAGAAAGAAAACUAAACCGAAACAUGAAGACAGCAGCUCUGAUGACGAUGAUGUGCCCCUGGUGAACCUUAUUGCCAAGAAGAAACCUGUGAAGAAAAACACAAAAAAGGCAGCUGUAUCGGAAGCCAGCGCAUCAAGAAAAAAACGAGCAGGACCUUCUGAUGAAAGCUCCGGAGAUGAACCCUUGAUUAAUCUCGUGAAAAAGAAUCGCAAAGACAAACAAACAAAAAACAAAACGAAGGCUUCAGCUCCGAAGAAAAGGGACACAAGUCCAAAAAAGCCAAUAAAGAUGCAUGAGUCAGGGUCGUCAAGCAACAGUUCAGAUGACGAACCCUUAAUCAAGGCAGCUAAACAUCCACAAGUGACCAAAAUCCUGAGAAUAAUACUAGAGAGGUGUGAUGGUGAAGAGAAUGGGGGAACAGGAAGCCUGAACAAAACCAGUACAGACACACAGAUUGCUGAAAAGACCUCGAGUGAGGAGUCAGAGGGCUCAGAGUAAAGUCCCCAGAAGAAGAAAUAAGUAGAUGAAACAAAGCUGUCACAGGUUGAAGAAGCUGCUUUUUGUUUUUACCUUUCACUUUCUGGACUGGAAGUUCUCCAAGUUUGAAGGACUUGUGUUGUAAAUCCCUCGGAGAGACACCUCCUAUAAAUCACAGUUAGUGCUCGUGUAAGGUUCAACAGUGCGUUUUAUAUACAGUACAUGGAUUUUAAUUUAAUGUGUUGAUAUUUUUACUCCUGUUUUUAAGUUUGGGAUCAAAUUUUGUCGGUUCCUGAAAGAUUUUAUGCACAAUCAUAGAUGUUAUUUUACUAUUUGUGCAUAUUGUUUGCAUUGGUUGUCUCCGUUGGUGUUUCGUUUUUGAGGUAAUAAUUUAACACUCAUUGCUGUAAGUUACAUUCACUGCUUUCAUAUUAACCGCACACAUGGCAUGCAUCAAUGAAAAUAUGUUGUGUUGGAAUAAAUGAUAUAAAAUGCCUUUGAAAUUCA